AUUUGAGCUCAUAAACCUGCGACGCAGACUGGGGUUUGUGGAUAGUUUUGAAGGAUUAGGUUUAAUCUGUGAAUCUAUCUUUAAAUUUAUAGGAAAUGUGGAGGUUAAAUGUUGUCCGGCAUAAACUACGCCCUCAAGGGACCAACCUGGAGGAGCUUAAAAUCAGUAGAAGAGAGCACGAAAAAGCCCUAAGACAGGCUCGGAGGGACCAGCAGCUGGUCAGCAAGAGGAGGCUACAGGAAGCAGAUGAAGAUGACUUUGUGGAAACUGCAGAGGGCCUCCUGACAAAGGAACAGAUAAUGCAGCUGUUCCAAGGGAUCAAGCACAGCAGUGAGGAACGAGUGAAUCACCUGCGAACUCUGAGGAGGGCUCUUCGUUGCAAAAAGACACAGCUCACCUUUGUAAAGCUGGAGAACAGUAUGCAUGUGUUGGUGGGCUUGCUCAGUGGAUCCAAUGCAGUACACCAGCUGGAGGCAGCCUACUGCCUGCAUGAGCUAUCUCACUCUGAUGAGGCCACAGUCCCCCUGGCCUGCCUACCUGCCACCCCAUACCUCCUUACAUUCCUUGCGGGUCAGAGUCCCAAGUUGACAGAGCUGUGUUUAUACACCCUUGGAAACCUGAGUGCGGAGAGCGAGGACAUUCGGAAAAAGCUGCUGGCCCAGGGCAUUAUCCCAGCCCUGGCGAGCUGUAUACAGUGUCCUCAUGUGGCCGUCACGGAAGCAGUGGGAUAUGCGCUCUCCCAGCUUCUCCAAGCUAAAGAGGCUCCUGAAAAAAUAAUCCCAUUAGUCCUACAGUCUGGUGUGACCCAAGAUUUGCUGUCAGCGUUGCAGUCUAAUCCCGAGUGUGGGAUUGGGACAGCUGUAGAAUGUGCUUGGUGUCUCCACUAUCUCAUCAGCAGCAAUGUUAAUGUUGAUUUACUGGUUGCCCAAGGUGCCAUCUUUAAGAGCAGUUCUCUGCUGGUCACGCUGGGUGGUGCUGUAGCAUCAGAGUUCUCGGAGGAAGGUAUUGAGCAGCUGAUUUCUCCCUUGCUCCGUUGCCUUGGGAACCUGCUAGCGGGCACUGGAGGCGAAGCUUGUAGAGAGCAGAUCAGGGACAGCAGGCUGCUGGUGGCGCUGUGUGCCUUUAUUCAGGCUUUUCUGCAGACGCGGACAUACAUUGCACGAGAAAGCCUAUGGGUCAUGAAUAAUCUUACAGCUGAAGAUGCCAUAUUCUGCUCAGUGCUGCUAUACUUAAACCUGGUACCUGUGUUGAUUGAGCUGCUGCCAUUCUCCAAGGGCAUAAACAUUAUGGCCCUGCGUGUACUAUGCAACACUGCUAAGAAAGGACCGGAGUACUGCCAGCAGCUGCACCAGAAAGGGGUGCUUUCAGCUCUUCACACAACGCUCAGAAUGGCUGAUCCUGAAAUUAUACAUCUUAGUCUAGAACUGCUGCACAUGAUAGUGGCUGGCAGCUCCCAGGUUGCUUGUGAGCUUGUGAAGCAGGAGGGGAUUUCACUGCUAGAGGCCAUCCAGUAUAACAGCCAGGAGGAGUUAAGGAUUCGGGCCACUUUCAUUCUGGAUAGAUAUCUCUCCCCACAGGUCCUGGCAAAUACUCCUGUUGAAUGACACCCCAACCAUGUUGUGCUAAGUGGCAGUAUCAAGAAGAAAGCUUUGUGUCAUAAAUGCUAAAGGUUCUCAGGGAACAUACUUUAAUUUUGCAAUGCAAAUUUCUUUUCUAUAUGGCUAUUUUAGCCAUUACGCUUAUAUGGAAAAGAUUUUAUGUUAUAAAAAAAUCAACUCAAAUACAAACUGCUGCAAGUCACAUUUAUCAAAAACCCUGUUACAGAGAAUGUAAUUUAUAAUUUUCUGGUUAUAAAAAACUUUUCCAGAUUGUCAUCAUGAAAUAGAAAACUAAUUAUAAAAUGGUAGUUUAAGGUAGACACCUUAAUAUAAUAAUAAUAAUAAUAAUCUUUAUAUUA